AUGUUUUACAGUCACGAAGUACUCACGUCGCGCAAACAUGGCGUGGCGACUGUGUGGAUUGUCGCGACGCUUGGCCAGUCCAGCAGCCUAAGGCGCAUCAAUCGCAAGCAAAUCCUCGAGGUUGACGUAUCCAAAGCAUGCCAGACCAUCGUCGAUCCUGUGGCGCCAAUGGCUCUGCGCCUGCAGAGCAAUCUGCUAUAUGGUGUAUCACGCGUAUACCUACAACAAUGUGGAUAUAUCCUUUCAGACGCGGAGCAAGCGCAUAAUACGCUGCGGCUGAUGCUACGCACAGUCAAGGACACUGCACUUGAUCCAGAUGCUGGCAAAGCCAGACCAGAGCAGCUCAUCUUCGAGGAUGAUCCAUCUUUUCUUCCCGAGCUCGCGCUCCUCCCUCCAAAUUUGCUUUCAGAGCUAGACCACAACUUCAAUCUCGACAUUACGCGCUCUGGAGACUCCCAAUCACUGACUCCAUUCGGCUCCCAGCGAUCACUAUCUACCUCCCAUGCUAGUGCUAUUGGUAGACUCAUCUUGCCUACAUCGUCUCCUGUUGUGGCAGGCGAGUUUAGACUCGAAGGCGACGAUGGAAUGAGCAGUGGUGGUGUGCCAAGUGUCAUGGAUUCUCGCAACACGAUAGAGAUCGAAGAUCCAGAUUUCAUGUUCGCAGAUGACGGCGAGAUCAUUCAGUUCUCACCACGGCGUUCGGUGGAUAGAAUCACAGCUAGAACCCCAGGCGCGACGAUGUCUAGCGAUGCUAGAACGAGCGCGUGGGCUCCGGAGGAGCACAUGAAGGGACAUUGGGCUGGUAAUCAGUUUCCUGGUGAUCAAGCCGACAUGGAAUUCCCGAUAUACGACGACGAUGUGGCUGAAGGCAAGGCAUUCUCCUCAGCCGGUCAGCAGCAGUCCAGUGCACAUUCGGAAGUUGUCGAAUCUUCUGACACGUUCGCCGCGCCCAUGCACCGACGCCGAGUUCCACGGAUUGUUCCUACCGACUCAGCCAUUGAGCUUCGUAAUAAGGAGUUGGCAGAUUGGACAAAGAACUACCGUCAGAACAUGAAGGCCGCCGCUCAAAAGAAGACCAAGAGCCACAUUGCUGCCCAAGCCAAGAAGAAUGCUGAGCACUAUGUCUGGGGGUCUGGUAUCGGUGGUAUUGGUCAACGCAUCCUCGGUGGCCAAGGCCCUAGUCCGUUCGACAUGUUCAUCGGGGACAACCUCUUUGAGUCUAUCACUGGCUUAACUCGCAACAAGACAGCUGGAGCAAAGCACGAUCGCGAUAGUGGUAUUGAUGAUGCUACUCAAGAAGAAUCUCGUCGCGUGCGUCAAAAAACCGGUGAACCCGAGAUCGGUCGUUCAGCUGACAACGAGGAUCUUCCCAUACUUGGCGACGAUGACAUCGCUGUCGAAUUACCUCGUGAAGGUGUGUCCGCUCUUGAUGAUCAGCAGAUCUUCUCUGCGAUGCCAUGGAACGUGAGUGCUUCCAUCUGGGGUUCUUCAGCCAUACCCCGGAACGGACGCGUGGAUGUCAUGCACUCUGCUACCCAGGGUAGACCCGGAAGUCGCCUUGUCUCUGCUUCUCCUCUACAGGGUCGUGGGAAUCCCAUUACCUUUGGGGGAUUGAGGAACCUCACGAGCGAUGUCGAUUACGGUGGUGACGAAUUUUGCCUACCAGGCCCCAGCUCGGACUAUCCUGAGCCAGUGAUUCGAGAACCAUCCGCACGCAUUCGCGAAGCUCUAUCAACAGAAGGUGAGAACUUUCUUACCUUCGUCAACGAACGCAUUGUCGAGAAGCGCGAGGGAGUUCAAACACAUCCAGAACAUAUGUCUGAUGUGCUUGGAACUGAAGCAGCUGCUGACGUUGAAGACAUCACUUUUGAGGAGCUCCUCCCGCCUACUGAGAACACCAAGAUUAUCGCUUGUCAGGGUUUCAUGAUGGUGCUUGGACUCAGCUCCAAGGGCAUGCUCGACGUUCAGCAGCCGCAAUAUCUGGGAGAUAUCGGCGUCAAGCUUACUGAAAAGGCCAAGGCUUUGCGAGUCUUUGCUAUCAGCGACAUUGAAGAGCCUGAUGACGAUGAAAAUGAAAAGGAGGACGGUAUCAACCAAGGCGACGAGGUAAUCGAUCCACAAGGCAUUGCAGAACAGCCGGAGGCGCAAGAUCGAGAGAUUCAAGAGCAUCACUCCAUGGACGAAGAAGAAGACCAAUUUCAUGAGCAGUUCGCCGCUGGCCAGACUGCUCAGGAGGACGAUGACCACGACUCGCUGUAUGACGACUAA